UUUCUCUUCUUUUUCCUUACCUGUCGGUUCUUGUCUUUCUCCUUUGGGUUCUUCAUAUCAUCUAUGGUGUUUUCCCUGUUUUGUUUUCCUUUCCUUGUCUUCUCCCUCUUUCUGUUGCCUCUUCUUUUCCUAGUCUAUCUAAUAUCCAGUUUUUGAUCCAUAUUUUAUUUACUUUGACUUUCAGCCCUAUAGUGAUAAAAAGAACAUACAUUUUAUCACAAAAAAAAAAAAAAACACCAUCCAAUCAACUACAUCAGUCGAGCAGAAAGGGACGUCUGUGUUCGUCCUAUUCUAGCUUGGUCUGUUUGUCGGGUUGCCGUCGCGUCCCUUCACCUAGGUCAAAACAGUCAAAAAAAGCCCUCGGGACCUGCCUCAUCCAGCCUAAAGCUGUCUAGGUGCCCCCCUAGUCGGUGGGACCCCAACCCCCUAGCCAGCACUCAGACCCCUAAAAUUUGCUGGUCUACCCCUGGUCCGAAGAGGGAGAAAAAGGAACCGAAGAUGAAAAUGAAAUCGACUAUUCGUCAACACCGACAACACCCACUCAUCUCAGCUGCAAUUGCACUUUCGGCGAUCAUUGUCACGACUCUGAUACUCUUCUGGUCUUACGGUGGCAGCUUCAGCAGAUAUCAACACCAGAGGCCGUACUCGAAGUACAGAUUGGCGGUGCGUCCAAAAGAGGGAGUGCGACACUUGCCGAGGUUGCGCCAGCUUCGGGCCGAGAGCGUGAGGCAGCAGCAGGAACAGCAGCUUGUACCGCACAGCACUGCACAUGCGGCUGCUGCGGAUUCGGGGUUUGGGAACCAACAACACGACGUCGCGGGGGACGCUGUUGAUGCCGUCUCUAUAACUCCUAGUUGAUAGUGCUUUUUUUCUUAUUGGGCAAACUGAAUAUUCUUUUCUUGUUCUGGGCUGUGAUUUUUCUCUUGUAUUUCCCCCCCCCCCCCCGCAUAUACCUCUC